UUUCCUUGGAUUGCAAGUCUUAUAAAGGUAUGGAUGGAAAUCGAUGAAUAUUGAAACCUACAGUUUUGGAAGUGAAAAAAACCUCUAUCCAUGGCCAGUAUUAAGGAAUCAGUAAUGAAGAAUGACCCCAUCAAUUAAAAAGACAAUUUACGUUUUCCAGAAUAGAUGUGUAUUUUAGGAGUUAAUUUAAUAUUUAAAUCAAGAGCAUGGGAAAAAGCAACUCUCUUUGCCAUAAUAAAAAUGGAUAACCCAACUUUCCUUUGUAUGAAGCAAUAUGAACAGGUGAUAUUGUCAGGAAAAAGACUCCAUUGUAGGAAAGCAUUUAGAUUCCUUUACAUUUAGUGAGGAGAGAAUGACAGUUGCAGUUUCACACAUGAUGAAAUUUACCAAGCAGAAUUUAUUUUUUUUAGUUAGUGGAAUGAUAAUUUAUGUAGUUGAUAUAGGAGUUGACUUCUGGGUAGCUAGUAGAUAUUUCUGUCAAGGACAAUAUUCUUGGAGUAUAUUGAUACUGUGUUUUAGAGGUCUUUCAUCAAUAAUAACUCAGAUAUUCAGUUAUGAGUGGUUUAAAAACGACUGGGAAGGUACUGAUACUGGGAAGCUGAAAUUGGUUUUUCUAGUUCAUCUCUUUCAUUGUGGAAUUUUUAUAAGGUAUUGGUUUGCUUUGAAAUAUGGUUGUCAAGCUGCAUUUAAACAAACAAGUAGCAGAGGUGCAUCAGAAGCAGACCCUUCCAGCUUCAUUCAAAAACAGGCUAUUGAUGCAGUGACUGAUAUUAACAUGCUCAGGGUGUUCAAGACUUUUCUUGAGACCACACCACAACUUUUUCUUCAGAUUUACAUCCUCUUGGGACAUGGCAAAACUAAUUUCUAUCAAUAUGCUGCCAUUAUUAUGUCUUUUUGUGGUAUCUCCUUAUCAAUGGUUGAUUAUCAGAUAUCACUACGAAAAUCUCUGCCUGACAAAGAUGAAUUUCGUGUGCUUUCCAAGUUCACCUAUCUCUUCUAUAAAUUGCUUACCAUCACUUCUUGGAUGCUCAGUAUUUCACUGAUCACUCUACUAAGUGUCAGAACUUCUGUAUUUCUACUGAUAUUUCUUUGGAUCUGUGGCUUCAUUUGGACUUUGAAACAGCAUACAACAUUUUGCAAGUCUAAGAAGAUGGAAUAUCUGUACAGAACUGUAGUUGGAAUAAUUCUAAUUUUUUCAUUUUUUAACAUAAAGGGGAGAAGAACAAAAGUUUGCAUUUCUAUUUAUUAUGCUACUCACACUGUAGUGACUCUAGGUAUUUUGUUUGUAUAUAUCUUCUGGAAACCUUCCAUUAUCAAAGAAAUAUGUUUUAUAAUUGUAAGCAUCUUAACUAUUUCGAGUCUGGUGUUAGGAAUUAUUUUUCUUGUUGUGUAUUACAGCCAUUUUCAUCCCACUACUUAUUGCACACAUCAGGCAUGUUCAGAUGAAGUUGAUGAAGUGGCAUGGCAAAAAGACAGAAUGGAAACUGGUAGAUUUCAGAAUUUCUUAAUGCAAUGAGCAAUUCAGUGUUUUGAUUGUUUGUUUGUUUGUUUGUUUGUUUGUUUGUUUUUUGUUUAGGUUAUUUUUGUAGCCUUAGAAGCAAAUUCUUGCUGGACAGUGUGUUUGUCAUUAUUACUUAUGUUAUCAUCACUGAGGAGUACAUAGUGGACCAGAGUUUUUUGCUUUGAAUAACUAUUUGUUUUCCAUGAUAUAAAGACUUUGUAACAUGAAAGUUACUUUUGGCAAAGAAAUUAUUGAAUCUGUUCAUCCAACACAAUUCACAGUUUUAGUUUUUUAGCAAUGCAAAUGUAACAUAGGAAAAGCUGAGAGUUAAUUAAAUGAAAUUUAGCAUUAAGCCCCCA